UUAGACCAAUUCGAAUUUGGUAUUUUGAUUGCAGCCUCCAGAGAAGAACACGACUCGUCCAUUCUCAAAUAGAUCUCUCCCUCUUUCGUCGCUCUUUGUUUUUCUUCACUGGUCUUUGUUUCUCCUUCGAUUCUCUGUCUGGAGCAGUCUCAGAUCCACCAGAUUAUUGCUCGAAGCUCAAGAUGGAUUCUACUAGAGAUGAUGAUGAUUUCACAUUCUCAAAAGUCGCGCCACCAGAUAGUGAAGCUGUUCUUGAGGCAAAAGCUCUUGCAUCAGAUGUGGGUAGUAUUACCCUUAAAGAUGCAUUAGAUCAACAAAGCAAUGGUCUUAUUUGGAAAGACAAGUCUCUUCCUCCUAAGGAAGAAACAGUAGGUUCUUUGUCUUUCAAUGUGAUUGAUUCUUCAUCUUUGAAAAAGCAGUCCAAUGAAUCAUCUGAGACUUUCAAAACUCCUGCUAGAAAGCCUAUCACUCGUACCAAAGUUCCUUUUGAAAAAGGUUAUAGCCAAAUGGAUUGGUUGAAACUUACACGAACACAUCCCGAUCUUGCAGGCUUGAAGGGAGAGUCAAACAAGAGGCUUAUUCCAAUGGAUGAAGUAAAGAAGCACCAAUCAGGAGAUUCAAUGUGGACUGUUUUGAAAGGUCGUGUGUACAACAUAUCACCUUAUAUGAAUUUUCAUCCUGGAGGUGUCGAUAUGCUGAUGAAAGCUGUUGGAAGAGACGGUACGCUCUUAUUCAACAAAUACCAUGCUUGGGUCAAUGUUGAUAUGUUACUUGAGAAAUGCCUUGUUGGAGUUUUGGAUGUUACCAAAGUGAAGAAGCAAGAAGCCUAAUUGCUAUUGCUAAAAGGGUUGAGAUUGUCAUAUACUCGUGUAGAGGAUUCAUAAGUCAAUAAGAAUUAUUUUAGUGUUCACAUUCUGUCUGAUUCUUCAGAUGAAAACGCUGAUCACAAUAUGUAAUGUGUAUUAGACUUUUAUACAACUCAUUGAUGUCAAUAUAUAUUCAAAGUUUCCACUGCAA